GAGAAUAUGAUCGAAAUGAAUGGCAUUUCUUAUUUAAUAACCCUUUAAUAUCAACUUCAUUAACAGAAUUUUGGUCAAUACGUUGGCAUCAAGCAUUUCGAGAAAUUUUUGUAUCAUUUGCAUAUAAACCAUUAAGAAGAUUAACUAUUAACAAAAUUAGACCAUUAUUUGGAAAGGAUUAUCAAAAAAUCGGAAUAAUUAUAGAGAAACUUAUUCCUAUAAUGGGUGUUUUUUUCAUUAGUGGAAUAAUGCAUGAAUAUAUAGUUUUGGCUGUGAUGUAUCAAUUUUGGAAGCCAGGUGAACAAUUAUUAUUUUUUAUGUUGCAAGCAAUUGAAAAUAAUUGUAGUGAUGAUGAUAACGAAACCAACGUAGAUGAUGGUGUUAGCACAUCUGAAAUUGAUAUUGCAAAGGUAGUGGAGAAUAAUUCAAUUGAUAAUGAUGAAUCUAACGAAUCGGAGAAACAUAAUAUUAGAUCGGAUACGAGAAAAUUUGUUGUAUUUCUUAUUAAUGUCGAAGAAACUCAAGACAAUAGCAAUAUUGGCCCAAAUAGAAGUAUGAAUCGCCUAUCAAUAACGAGAUCUUUGGUUAAUUUAAAUAUUCAAUCUGACAAAUUGAGUAUAGAUACCAAUGUCAUUGAUAAACAAUCAACUAAGAGACAUCAAACGCGAUCAACACGUUCUAAUUCUCAAGUCAAAAUCGUUGUGCCAACUAAUACCUCAAAUAUUGACACUGUUGAUCAAUCUAUUUCUGAUAACAGGAUGCGAAGGCAACCUAGCAAUGUUUUUUCUUAUGAACGACUAUUAAUUCGGAAUCAGGCAAAAGCCGCAACUAUGAAGAAACACGAUGAUGCUGGGACCAACAACAUUAAUAAAAUAUGUGAAACGUCACAAGCUGAAGAUGAAAGAAUUGAAAGAGCUAUAGCAGAUCUUAAUAAUAACAUUAAUAGAAUGCAUAUAACAUCUCAAGCUAAUGAAACUGCAAGGCCUUAA